GUAGCAGCAGUGAACUGUAUGGCAUCACGGACGGAACACACAGGGAGACAAACAGGACUUGCUCCCUUAAAAGCUGAGCGAAUUCACCGCAGGGAGAUUUAGGGAAGGUGUCGGUUCAUGUUGCAGGAUGACAUGGAUGUCCAGCAUGGGACAUAGAAUCUUGUGGCGGGAUAAAAGAGAAUGGGCCCUGCGUCCCAGUUUCUGAGAUGUCUCUGGGUCGGCUCCUGCGGCGUGCCUCCUCCAAGGCGUCCGACCUCCUGACCUUUAAUCCUGGCGCAGCCGGAGCGUCGCUGCGUUCAGGCCUGGAUGGCGAGAUCAUUUUCUCUAAAAAUAAUGUUUGCGUGCACCCUGCCGAGCCGCUGCCGGGCCUGGCAGAGCACCACCCAGGUUACCUGUGUGUCCACGUGGAGAAGGACGAGAGCCUUGGCACCACUCUCAUUUUGACCUGGGUGCCCAAUUCCCGAAUUCAGAGGCAGGAUGAAGAGGCGCUACGCUACAUCACGCCAGAGAGCUCACCCGUACGCCGCAACGGGCGCCGCAGAGGCAGACGACCCCACUCUCGCCCCUCAGCUGCACAAGUGGAAGAAGAGGACGAGGAGAGGAACAUCACUCUCAGCUCCUCUGCAGAGAGCCACGGUCCGGUUGCAGACCCCGCAGCAGAUCCCCCCUCCGUGCAGCACAAGCAGACACCCCCGCCUGGAGAGGAGGGCGACGAAGGCUCCUGUGAGCUGUCGGACGAACUUAGCCGCGACAGCACCAUGGGUUCCGACUCGGACACCUUCUCCUCGCCAUUCUGCUUGUCCCCCGUCAGUGAGGCGCUUUGUGAGAGCAGCAGCUCCGUCUUCUUGGACAGUGACAGCAGGGAGCUGUGCGACGAGGCCAUGCGCCACUCGGUCAGCUCCGCCUCCAGCCUUGAGAGCCACGCCCCCUCCGAGAGCAACGGCGGCCAAUUGCAGUGCGUGCGUGGGUGGGAGGAGCAGCAGAAGGUGCUCGCUCUGGAGCAGCUGUGCGGCGUGUUCAGGGUGGACCUGGGUCACAUGAGGUCGCUGCGUCUGUUCUUCAGUGAUGAGGCGUGCACCAGUGGCCAGCUGGUGAUAGCCAGCCGAGAGAGCCAGUACAAGAUCCUCCACUUCCACCACGCCGGCCUGGACAAGCUGGCGGAGGUUUUCCAGCAGUGGAAGUGCUGCAGGGAGACUCAACUCAAAGACCAGAUGUCGGAGGAGAAGUCCUGCAUGCAGUUUUCCAUCCAGAGGUCCAUGCUGCCGUCGGCCGAGAGCCAUCCCGAGGAGAAGCUCUACCGGAGGCUGGACGUCGCCACAUGGCUGCGACACCUCAACCACGAUGGCCAGGUGGAAGAGGAGUAUAAGCUGCGCAAGGCCAUCUUCUUCGGUGGUAUCGACCCGUCCAUCCGUGGCGAGGUAUGGCCCUUCCUGUUGCACUACUACAGCUAUGACUCUAGAUCCCAGGAGAGGGAGGCGUGGAGGCUGCAGAAGCGGACCCACUACCAUGACAUCCAGCAGAAGAGGUUGUCCAUGAGCCCCGAGGAGCACAGUGAAUUCUGGAGGAAGGUACAGUUCACGGUGGACAAGGAUGUGGUGAGGACAGACCGCAGCAACCAGUUCUUCAGGGGGGAGAACAACCCCAACGUGGAGAUCAUGAGGCGGAUCCUGCUCAACUACGCCAUCUUUAAUCCUGACAUGGGUUACUGCCAGGGCAUGUCCGACCUGGUGGCCCCGCUCCUCGCCGAGAUCCAGGAUGAAAGCGACACCUUCUGGUGCUUCGUGGGCCUCAUGGAGAACACCAUCUUCAUCAGCUCGCCACGGGAUGAGGACAUGGAAAGGCAACUGAUGUACCUGCGGGAACUGCUGCGCCUCAUGCUGCCUGACUUCCACCAGCACCUGACCACGCUGGGCGAGGACGGCCUCCAGCUCCUCUUCUGUCACCGCUGGAUCCUCCUCUGCUUCAAGCGAGAAUUCCCAGACAUGGAGGCCCUGCGCAUGUGGGAGGCCUGCUGGGCUCACUACCAGACGGAUUACUUCCACCUCUUCCUGUGCGUGGCCAUCAUUGUUCUCUACGGCGAGGAUGUGACAGACCAGCAGCUCGCCACCGACCAAAUGCUGCUGCACUUUAGCAACCUGUCUAUGCACAUGAAUGGAGAGCUGGUGCUGCGCAAGGCGCGCAGCCUCCUCUACCAGUUCCGCCUCCUGCCCAGGAUCCCGUGCAGCCUACACGACCUGUGUAAACUGUGCGGGCCGGGGAUGUGGGAUAGCCGCUACAUCCCCGCCGUGGAGUGCUCCGGAGAGCACCCGGACUCGCAGAGCUGUCCUUACGGGGGCACGUCCACGCCGCAGCCCUCCUCGCCCUCUCUGUCCUGCACACCCUCGCCAAACCACACCCACACACCUCCCAGAGGCUCCAAAAGUCGGGAUAUUUUCACCUUCAGGAAACAGUCCUGAGAGGUCACCGGGAGGCUGGAUUCCUGGAAUAUUUGCAGCCCUUGAACACCACACUUGUAGUGUACCGUCUCACUAAGGACGUCUGUCACUUGAGCCUUUCAUGUGGAGCACGGCGAGCGUCACACGAGACCCCGAGGUCAACGAGCCUCCUUCCUUUUGAAGCCGAGCGGACAAUCGGCAGCCAUUAUGCCGGCCCGGAGCGACCCUGUUCUGCUUUGCCGCUGGCUUGGCACUCUUCCACGAGCUGUGUUGGGUCGCGCGGGUUUGCAUCGGGGUCGGAGUACAAGCUGCCUGAAUUCCCGCAGACUUCUGACCGGAAAAGAGGUCAAAGUGUAAACUGUGAAUUAAUUCGCAGCAGUGUUCCUGCACUCUCACAAAGACAUAUUUGUCCUCACUCAGUAUGUGCAUAUCUUUAUUUAGGAGGUAUUUUUAUCCAACUUCCAGGGUAACGGACUGCUUUCAUUUCACUUGCAGCCAAUGUUUUCUCUCUGCAGAAUGUUUGGCAAUAUUACCGCCGUAUCCUUGCAUGUGCAGCACACAGCUACGGUAUGUCCGCCUCUCUUUAUGGCAAACAAGACAGACGAAUGAGUUGACAAAUCACGACAGCGCGUCGCAUGUUUGCUGAACAAUCUUGUUCUAGCUUGUGUUCAAGUUACCUGUUUAGCAAAAGAAGGGACGAUGCAGUUAAAGUACGUUUCCACCAAGCAGGACCCGACACUUAAACAUGACGGCUUUUAAUUGGUAUUUACUGGGGAUGCUCAGAUCAAUCGGCCACCGAUCAGUAUCGUCCGAUUGCCGUGAAAAAUCACGUGAUUGGCAUAUGCCGAAAAAUGCCUUUCAAUGCUGAUCACAAAAGCCGAUCGAUCCCCUGCGGCUCGUGCUCGUACAGCCUGUAACGAUCACCGCAUGCAGUGUAGUGUCGUGGGGAGCUUCCGCCUCCCGCUUUCCCCUCACACUGCGCAGGAGUGCCAAUACAAAAACAAUCAUGUCUGCCGUGAGGAACGUACGUGCCGACACAGGCCACAAAACCCCAAAUCUCACGGGGCUGCCAUGUUAAAAAGCUUUAUUUUCAUGAAACGGUGGCCAACACCCACCCAUUUGCUAAGCAAAUAACCCGAAACAUGACAUCUCAUUCUGUGUCAACAUGUGUUUGUCUAAAUUGCAUUUAUUUUAUUGUUCCUUUUUCCAUAUCAUGUAGCCAAUAGCAGGGGUGCAGCCAGGAAUUCAGCCGGUGGGAGCGCUUUUUAUUCAUUAAUUACUCAUUUUAUUAGAAACUACCUAUUUUUUGGGCUCCCUGGCAGUCAGGAGACUUUGGAAUUGUUUGACUUUUCACCUUUUAUACGCCACCCCUGGCUAAUAGCACUCAUAAUAAAUCAAUUAGUUAUUAAUCCAUGUGAUCGGAAUCGGCAGCAUAAAACCCUGAUUGGAGCAUCGCUAGCAUUUACUUAUUUAGACAGCAAACUAGCUGAAUGAACAGCGCCUCUGUUGGUUGCAACCACGUAAUGCUCUCCAUUUUGCCACAAUCGCUUCAACACAAUUAGUCAAUGCCAUUCUUUUUUCGCUGGGGUUACGGUGCCGGACCAGCAGAGAAUGGUGAAAAUCCGCCAGUAAUUGAGGCGCUCAUAAAUGUUUAUUUCUGAUAAACCGCUCGCUCCUCCAAAGCCGCCUGCUAACUUGUGAUCUCCUUCGGUUUUCAGUCAGAGUCGCUGUUAGAUUAUUACUUUACAUCAGGGGAGUCCAAAGUGUGGCCUGGAGGCCGUUUGCGGCCUGCAGCUGUUUUUUUUGUUUUUUUUUUUUUAUUGGAACGCAACACAUUCUAAAAACAGCAACAAUGGAAAAAUCGGCAGUCAUUUUACAAGAAUAAAGUCAAAAAGUUGUACUCUAAAGAGAAAAAUUCACAAUUUUACAAGAGUAACAUUGUAAUAUGAGGACAAAAAUGACCUACUUUUAGUGUCUGUCAGUUUUGGAAAAUUAGGUUGGGGAAAAAGUUAGAAUAUAGGAAUAAAGUGAAAAUAAUGAGGGAAUAAAAAUAUACCAGAAGAGAUUUGAAAUAGUUAAAACAGCAGGAAUGGGAAAACUGCUGUAAUUUCACUAGGAUAAAAGUGAAAAAGUUGUAUUCUAACAGGAAAAAGUAUUUUACGAGAAUAAACUUGUAAUAUUAUAAUGAAAAAUAUUAUUUUAGUAGCACAGAGUUGAAAUAUUAUAGAAUAAACAAAGUCUUUUUUUUCAAAAUAGUAACAACAUAAGAAACUAAAUGAAAAUGGUCCUAUCGCAAAAUUAAAGGAUCCUUUUAAAAAAAAAAAAAAAAAAAAAAUCCUGUAUCCAGACAGCGAUCCGGAUCACCGGAUCAGUUCUUCCAUAACCCAUUUGGGACAGUUUCUCAAACGUUCAUCCAAAUCCAUUCAGAACCUUUCAAGUUAUUGUGAACACAAACAAACGCCGGCACGAACAUCUUAGCAUUUGUCAAAGUGGCCUUGCGUCCUUUUCAUUUUUCACUAUGUGGCCCUUGCUGGAAAAAGUUUGGACACCCCUGGGUUAGACUCAAGUCCAAAACCCUCCUCCAUCUCUCCAGUGGGCCUGACCCACUUCUAAAGCAUGAAAUGUGUACAGGAGGUACUCCACACUAACGAAUGAUCAUGUAAGGCGAUCCAUCAACAGAUGGAAUCGGAGUCACGCUGUAGGAGUUAUCUAUACGUUUCACUUCUGUGUCUCGCAGCAACUAUGGCACGUUCAAGGACUGCCAAACAACGUGCGAAAUCUCAGCGCUUGACAAAAAAAAACAUUCAGUGAAGCAUAAAGACGAUGCAACAGUUCACCUGUGUUAUCACGUAUUUAUCAGUUAUUACCCACUCGGGUUGAAUGAGAUGUCUUUUCUGCAGAAAAAAAGUCUAUUUUCUCAGCGCUUGACAAAAAAAAACAUUCAGUGAAGCAUAAAGACGAUGCAACAGUUCACCUGUGUUAUCACGUAUUUAUCAGUUAUUACCCACUCGGGUUGAAUGAGAUGUCUUUUCUGCAGAAAAAAAGUCUAUUUUCGGACAAAAAAACCUAACAGUUUUUAGAGAAAAAUCAGCAAAUGUGUAUUAUGUCUACCCUUAGCGCCCACCCUUCCAGAAGCGCUCCAUAUCAGUCCCAUUGCAAGGGCAUCUCUUGUGUACGGUCCCCUUCAUGGCUGUUUUAAAGAGAAGUCGGGUCUGAGCUGCUGUUUGGAGAUUAAAAAAAACAAAAAACAUUUUUAUCUUGAGAGUAAUAACAAAAGAGGACAUCCUGUGCGACAACACUUCUGCUGAUUGUGUGGAAUUUGUGUGUUGGAUCGAAACGGAGCGCUACGCUGCCUGGCUGCAACCAGCCGAGGCGCUCGUCAUUCAGGCUCAGCUAGUUUUUGGUCUGGAGAGAAACAACGUGAGCUGCAUAAACACUCUGGCACAACACCACCUGGGCAGUAUGGCUGCAUGGAAACAGGAGUUCAGAACAGAGGUGUUGCAUUAACAAUCAUUGUUAAUGUUCCCACAGGCAGUGAAAGCAGUGUAAUGUAUUCCAAUGGGGGGGGUUCACUUCACAGAAGGAUGUUUUGACAUUUGAAAUAUCAUACGUGAAACUGAUCUGGAUUGUACGACUUGGUGCAAAGGAGGAUAUGAGGUACGUCUGCUUGGUUCUUCUGCCCGAUGAGACGAUGAAGCCGCCUGUGCAAAACCAUGGACGCCUUCAUCACCGUAAAGUCACACAAUCAGUGUUUGCGUCACUCUUAACUGGAUGAAACUCUGUGUGUGUGUGUGUGUGUGUGUGUGUGUGUGUGUGUGUGUGUGUGUAAACCGGAGUGACCACUCAAACAUGUGGUAAUGAGUAAGGCGUAGAAGCCCAGCCCCCGCAGCUCCGCCUCUUUAAUGACAGCAGUCACCAUGGAGAAGGGCUUUUAAAUGGAGCUGAACCAAAGCUUACAGAUGUGUUUUGGUUUUUAUGUUUUCGUCAUCACAUGUAAAGAAGGGUCCACACAGCCCCCCCCCCCCCCCAUCCCACCCCACCCCACCACAUAGCCCAUAAUUGCUUGUGAAUUCAAUGUUUGAGGCCACGCAUCAGUCUUCCCUAGCAACACAGUCUACCUGCUCUAUAGAUCCAGAAGUGCGUUUACAACACCCGAUACUCGCCAAACCCUGAGGAUGUUUUGUGCACUUUUGAGAUGUUUUUGACCUUAUUUCAUGAAGACGGCGAUUCAUUUUGAAGGCAGCGUUAACUUGUAAUCCAUUUUCUUCAAGAAACCCAUUGUUUUUGGAAGAAUAUUGCCUGCUUUGAAGACAGAACCUCAUCCGGUGCUGCCAUGUGCCAAGGUCGGGUUGCACGGUGCAAGAUCUCCGCCAGAUUCACUUCCUGGAAACUUUCAGGGACUUUUUUUUUUUUUUUUGUCGUAUUUAGCGUUAUUUGUUGACACAGUCGACUCGCUGUAUGUAUGUUAUCAACAUUCGGGCUGCGUGAGACGGAAGCAUUAGGGAUACGCAAAAAGAGCUAAUCUAACUUGUGUGCGUCAUGUAAGCCACUGGCUGUUUAAAAUGAACGUCUGCCUCCAUUUACUGAAUGUACCGUGUUCCUGUAGGACAUCACUCCUCACCCAAAUGAGCCUUUUCUUGAUAUUCAUUAAGAAUAACACAGUACCUUCAAGUACUUUCUUCACUUUGUUUGUUGUAGCAAAUGUGGGAUCGGCAUCAUUUUCACCAAAGUAUCUCAUUUGAUAACGAAUGAAAACAAUUGUGGAGCACCCAAUGGUUUUUGGCCGCACGUUAGCCUGCAGGCUGCUUCCUGGUUGAUGUGGGAUGAUGUCAAGCAGGGGGUGUCAAACUCAAUUGCACAGCGGCGCCAAACUAUCCUCACAAACUCACACAAAAUGUGCAUGACAGCCAGCGAAUGUGUUUUUAUGUGGACUUGUUUUGUUGUUGUUUUUUUAAACUUCACUUGUGUGGAAGGUUCGUGUUCAUCCCUGCUUGACAUGUCUGGCAGCACAGGAUGUUUGACUACAGUUGCUUGUUUCAAUAAACUCAUUGUUGGUCAAGCAAAAUCUACAGUGUUUUAUAUCCACACAAAAACAUCUCAAUCUGGGACAAAUGUUUUCACGCCCGCCGAUUUGAAAUACAAACUAGUAUCUAUUCUUCUGUAUUCUACAGACUGAACACAAAACUGAAACCAGGA